GCCCCGGCCGCAACCGGCGACUGAAACACCGAAAUCCUCGCCGCUGAAGCGGAAACCUUCGGCUGCAAACCUGAGGACACCCAGUGCUCCGCAACCUUCGGAUAAAGGAGCUGCAAAGAUCCCAGCUCCAAAGCCCACUCCCGCGCCCAGCAGCGCCCCCCCAGCGGCGGAGGCUCUUUCUCCAGUGGCGCGACUCUGGCAAAAGCUGCUUUGUUUGGAUGUGGAGAAGCGUAAGCAGGCCAUCAACUCUCUUCCUGCGGAGGCGAAGGAGAAGUUGAAACACCAUCUUCAGGCGCAGAAAGAGGCGCGCCAGAAGGAGGAAGCGUCGACCUCCAGCGAAGGAGGCGAUGGCUCCAGCUCAUCCAGCAGCUCUUCCAGCAGCUCCGAGAGCGAAGAUGCCGGCGAUACUGCUCCCGGCGGCGUACCAGCGCGCCAUUCAGCUCGAAGCAAGCCCAUGCGAGUCUAUACGGCAGAGCAGGAGGCAGAUUGGGUCCUUCAUAUAAGUUGA